AGGACUUUGGGCAAUGGACCUCGCUGCUGCUCUUCAGGAAUAAUCCAGGCUGGAGAAGAUGGGGCCACACCGUCUGACGUCCUGUCCUCAGAGCUUGGUGACCUUCCCUGAUGUGGCCGUGAACUUCUCCAUCGAAGAGUGGCCAUGCCUGGACAUCUCUCAGAAGAAGCUCUACCGAGAUGUGAUGCUGGAGACCUACGAGCACCUGCAGGCAGUAGGGUAUUUUGGGGUAAAGCCUGCGCUAAUCUCCUGGUUGGAAGGAGGAGCCCUGGGGAGACUACCACGAAGCCUGUUUGCCGAACUCAAGCCAGAAAUCUAUCCUUGCCCCGUCUGCUCUCUCACUUUCUCCAGUCAGAACUUCCUCAGUCGUCACAUGAAACGAAAUCAUCCCUCUUGGAUCCUCCUGGGAGCAUCUGCAAGAAAGCACCCUCAAUCAGAGAAUUCCUGUCCACAUGAUCUAAACCAAUGGCAGCAACAUUCUGAUCCAUAUAAUGACAAACCAAAGAAUGACAUACUUGAAAGUCAAAAGCACAAAGAAAGCUCCGUACAUUUGGCUAAUAGAAUGAGGGAUAGAAGAAUUUCAACAGCCUUUUCUAGACGAUUUAGUGAUCAAAUAGUUAGUUCCAGUAAACAGAUGGCAAUGCAGGAAGACAUUAACACAGGCCUGAAAGAAUAUCAAAAGGACACAGGUGGAAUAGUUUCAAGGUUAGACUUGCCAAUAAUUGUAAGAGACAAGUAUGUACGACUUGGGCAAGGCUUCAGUGCUGGAUCAAAUCUCAUCACACAUCAAAUGAUUCACACAGGGGAGAAACCCCAUGUUUGCAGGGAGUGUGGGUGUGGCUUCAGUAUCAAGUCUCAUAGCACGCCAGAGGAGACAAAGGGAAGAAACCCCAUGUUUGCCGAGAAAGUGGACAAGGCUUUCAUUGGAGGAAAUAUCAGACACCAGAAGAGACAGACCAAAUACACAGGGAAGAAGCCCAUAUUUGCAGGGAUUGUGGGUGAUGCUUUACUUGGAUAUCAAGUCUCAUUGCACACCAAAGAAUACACACUGAAGAAGCCCUGUGAUUGCAGAGAGUGGGCAAAGCUUCAGUGCAAGGUUAAAUCUCAUCACAUAUCAGAACACAUUGCCAGUAUCACCAACUGUGCCACCUCCUCCACAUCCUCGUCCUCUUCCACUUUAUUUUCUGUGGUGGAGUUGCAGGGUCUGCAGUCCUUUGCCACCCUGAAGAAGUCACAAAAGACAGACCUUCACCCACACUCCCGUUUCAUGAUGUCAUUCUCCAAAGGUCGGAUCCCGCUCGUGACCCACAAAUUACUACGUGACCCUCAGUCCACCCUGCGGGCAGGGUCCUAG